GUGCGUGCGUGCGUGUGUGGCUACUGUAUAUAUCAGUGUGCCAGGUGAGGGCUUCUCUCACUCUCUCAAGGGAGCAAAGAGCACGCCAGCCUCCUCUCCUUAGUGUGCAGGUCUCCAACAGUAAAGAGUAAAGAUGUGUGAUGAGGAUGAGACUACCGCCCUGGUGUGCGACAACGGCUCCGGCCUGGUGAAGGCUGGCUUCGCCGGUGACGAUGCUCCCAGAGCCGUGUUCCCCUCCAUUGUUGGACGUCCCCGCCAUCAGGGUGUGAUGGUGGGUAUGGGUCAGAAGGACAGCUACGUAGGAGACGAGGCCCAGAGCAAGAGAGGUAUCCUGACCCUCAAGUACCCCAUUGAGCACGGCAUCAUCACCAACUGGGACGACAUGGAGAAGAUCUGGCACCACACCUUCUACAAUGAGCUGCGCGUGGCCCCUGAGGAGCACCCCGUCCUGCUGACUGAGGCCCCCCUCAACCCCAAGGCCAACAGGGAGAAGAUGACCCAGAUCAUGUUUGAAACCUUCAACGUGCCAGCCAUGUACGUGGCCAUCCAGGCCGUGCUGUCCCUCUACGCUUCUGGCCGUACCACCGGUAUUGUGCUGGACGCUGGUGAUGGUGUGACCCACAACGUGCCCGUAUAUGAGGGCUACGCGCUGCCACACGCCAUCAUGAGGUUGGACCUGGCUGGCCGUGACCUCACUGACUACCUCAUGAAGAUCCUCACAGAGAGAGGCUACAGCUUCGUCACAACUGCCGAGCGUGAGAUCGUGAGGGACAUCAAGGAGAAGCUGUGCUACGUGGCUCUGGACUUUGAGAACGAGAUGGCCACCGCCGCCUCCUCCUCCUCCCUGGAGAAGUCCUACGAGUUGCCCGACGGCCAGGUCAUCACCAUCGGUAACGAGAGGUUCCGCUGCCCCGAGACCCUCUUCCAGCCCUCCUUCAUUGGUAUGGAGUCUGCUGGUAUCCAUGAGACCACAUACAACGGCAUCAUGAAGUGUGAUAUUGACAUCCGUAAGGACCUGUACGCCAACAAUGUGCUGUCCGGUGGUACCACCAUGUACCCAGGUAUCGGUGACCGCAUGCAGAAGGAGAUCACAGCCCUGGCCCCCAGCACCAUGAAGAUCAAGAUGAUCGCCCCCCCUGAGCGUAAGUACUCGGUCUGGAUCGGCGGCUCCAUCUUGGCCUCCCUGUCCACCUUCCAGCAGAUGUGGAUCAGCAAGGAUGAGUACGAGGAGGCCGGACCCUCCAUCGUCCACAGGAAGUGCUUCUAAACAACGCAGCACGCACGCACACCGCGCACGCACGGACACACACACACACACGCACAUACACACACACACACACGGAAGGACAGAGAAAGAUAAACAGAGAGAACGAUCCAAGCAGCAACACACUUUCUCAUUCGUGUAUAGCUUUCCUUUCCACCCACUUCAUCUCAUUUCAUUCUGACAGACUCAUUUCCAUCAUCGUCGUCUCCGGUGUCACUCCCUCCUCCAUCCUGUCCUGUCCUAAUCUUAAUUUCUAAUGCGCUGUCCUGUCCUGUCCUCAAUCACUGUAAAUUGCUCUUCAUUCCCUCCCAUUGUUCAUCCAAUGCAAUAAACACUUCUAAUCCCCCCCCC